AAUUCCGACAUCCCCGCCCUCUCCGCUCACCGCGCUCUCUCUUCUCACCCUGUACUCGCGAUCUCGCCGGAACCCUAGCAAAAUCCCGGGGACGCCGGGAUGCUGCACGAGCUCCUCCUCGCCCUCCUCGGCUUCACCGGCGACUUCGUGCUCGACAACUCCUCAUCCUCCUCCUCCGCCCGCCGCCGGCCCUCGCCCGCGGAAUCCGUGGCCGCCGGGGACGCGGACGCGGGCCCCGCCUUCCGCCUCGCCCCCGACCUCACCUUCCUCCAGCCUUCCGAGAGGAGCGCUAUUGAAAGGCUCAUUUCUCUGGGCUUUUAUUAUAGAGAACUGAACCGUUUUGCAACCGAGUCUCGAGAUCUGAGCUGGAUUCAGUCUUCUGUAGAUGUUUCAUCACCUAAUGCUGAUAUAACUCUGAAGGGCAAAGUGAGAAAAGGGAGUGCAUACCGGAGAGCAAUUGGCAAUGGUAUUGCCGAGAUUUUAUCAGUUUAUAGGUCAGCUGUUCUGCAGGUUGAGCAAAACCUAUUGUCUGAUCCAUUGCCUAUCCUGGCGACAGUAACCCAUGGGCUAAAUAAGUUUGAGGUUCUCCUGCCUCCACUUUAUGAGCUUGUUAUGGAAAUCGAGCAGAAAGACAUCAAGGGAGGACAGCUUCUUAACCUGUUGCAUAAACGAUGCCAUUGUGGGGUUCCAGAACUGCAAAGCUGCAUUCAGAGGCUCCUUUGGCAUGGGCACCAGGUCAUGUUCAACCAGCUGAAUUCUUGGAUGGUUUAUGGUAUUCUUCAAGAUCAGUACCAUGAAUUUUUCAUCAGAAGACAGGUCGACAGGGAUGAGGAGAAUGAAUCAGCUCAGUCAGAUGUUGCUGAUAAGUUUGCGCAGAAAUUAGCUAAAGACACAUCCCUGACUAGUUGGCAUUCAGGAUUUCAUGUAUCAUUGGACAUGUUGCCUGAGUAUAUCCACAUGCGAGUUGCAGAAUCAAUUCUCUUUGCCGGAAAAGCAAUAAGGGUCCUUAGAAAUCCUAGUCCUGGUGCUACAUUGCAGGAACCUGCUAACCAAAGUCAGAUCUUGAAAGGAUCUCAUAGAAUGCAAACUUUCACAGGGGGUUCCGGUGCUCUGAAGGAGCUACCAAACUUCUCUAACAUUAGCGCAGAAGAAUUAUUACCCCAAGUUGAAGCAGAUAAAGUUGAUGCCAUGCUCAAACAGCUAAAGCAUUCUUCCGAGUUCCAUAAAAGGUUGUUUGAGUCUGCUGUUAGCUCCAUACGAACAAUUGCAGCUAACCAUCUUUGGCAGCUAGUGGUUGUACGGGCUGAUCUCAAUGGUCACUUGAAGGCACUUAAAGAUUAUUUCCUUUUAGCAAAAGGCGAUUUUUUCCAGUGUUUUCUCGAGGAAAGCCGUCAAUUAAUGCGCUUACCACCUCGUCAAUCUACAGCUGAAGCAGAUCUCAUUGUUCCUUUUCAGUUGGCUGCGCUGAAGACUAUAGGUGAUGAAGACAAAUACUUCACCAGGGUAUCCCUAAGGAUGCCGUUGUUUGGUAUGAAAUCAAGCACCUCCCAGAAAGAUCUUCAAAAGUCCAAUACUCCAGAUCUUUCCUCUCAAGGAAAGGCUAGCUCAGAGUUGGCACUUGAUGGAUGGCAUAGUAUUGCUCUAGAAUAUUCUGUCGAUUGGCCACUACAACUCUUCUUUACUCCUGAUGUUCUUUCUAAGUAUCGCAAAGUUUUCCAGUAUCUCAUCCGAUUGAAGAGGACACAAAUGGAAUUGGAGAAAUCUUGGACAGCUGUAAUGCAUCAAGAUCAUGUUGAUUUUUCUGAUUAUUGCAAGGAUCGGAAAAAUUCUUCUGCAACCCAACUGCGCCGGUUACGCACUAAGCCUUUCUGGCGAGUAAGGGAGCAUAUGGCUUUCUUGAUCAGAAACCUACAGUUCUACAUCCAGGUUGAUGUAAUUGAGUCACAAUGGAAUGUCUUACAAACUCAUGUCCAAGAUUCGCACGAUUUUACAGAACUAGUGACCUUUCAUCAAGACUAUUUGUCAGCACUGAUUUCACAAUCCUUCUUGGAUAUAGGAUCAGUGUCCAGGAUACUGGACAGUAUAAUGAAGCUCUGCUUGCAGUUCUGUUGGAGUAUCGAGCAUUAUGAAACCGGUGCAAACAUGUUUGAGAUUGAUCACAUAACUGAGGAGUUCAACAAGAAAUCAAAUUCGCUGUACACUAUCCUAAGGAGUAGUCGACUUGCUGGAAGUCAGAGAGCACCUUUCCUUAGGCAGUUUCUGAUGAGACUAAACUUCAACUCUUUCUUUGAGACAACUGCGAGAGGGGUGAUGAACUCGGGCAGGCUUCGGCCGAAUACAGCGGGUACCCAGCUAUAAGCCUAUAACCAUCAUGGCUGCUUUUGCGAGAUUUACACGAAAAUGGUGCUGCUUACAGACAAUGGUUCUCACGCAUCACACAAAGAAGUGAAGGAAGAGUCUAUAGCAUUUGUAAAUUAUCUGUAGCGUCAGUUGUUUGCCCUGGAAGUAAACAGUAGGUAGUGUUUGUUUAUGCCAAUGCUCAUAUUUAUGGCUCGCGUGUGUGUGUGCUUUGAUUCCAGCUUUUGAUAGAUGAGAGUUGUUUGCCCAAAAAAGGGUACCAGGUGAUAUUUGUUU